AACACAUUUCCAAUAAAAUACGCCUAUCACUUUAUAAAUUUUUUAAAUAAAAAUUAUGAAAAGAGGAAUAGCAAAAAAUAAAAGUCAUCAGCCUACCGGUGACUUAAUUGCACUCGGUAGUAAAUCUGGAACAAGUUCAGAACGACCAUCAGGUACCUUUGUUGGUACAAACAAGACUACUAAUAAAGGAUACGUUAAAUACCCCUCACUAAAUGUACCUGCAAAGGCUAUCCUACCUACAUUAAAUGUAUCGAAAAUAUUAUCAUCUUAUGAACAUAAAGCUAAAGAAGUCCCGAUAUCAGAGUUUUUGGAGAGAGUUGUAAAAGCCAAGGAAUCAAAUAAUAAUGAACUUUGUGAUCACCUCAUUUUAGGAGCCAUUAAGUGUCUAAAAAAAUUUGUUACACCAUCAGCAUCAUCGAUUGCACUUGGGUUAAAUUACCAAGUCAAACCAGAACUUAACCAAAUUUUGUCACUUUCACUCAUGGGGUUAGCAAAAAAUUACCCAGCAUUCUUUUUCCACAAAGAAAUUUUGGAGGCAUUUUGCUCAUUGCUUCAUAGAGAUAAUUUGGUUCAAUCAACGACAGCAACCUCUUUAAUGAGCCACCAAAGCAAGGCAAAAUUUUCACAUUUUUCCAAUUUAUCUGUUGUAAUUUGCAAUAUUCUAUGUGUGGCUUACAUAGAUGAAGAAGAUUGGCCAGAACUAUUUAUAAAAGUAUACGUUGAAGAUGCUAUGCACGAAAGAAUGUGGGUUGAUAACAUCGAAUGCAAAAGCUAUGUUGACAAUAUAACCACUGCUUUUAACACCAAACUUUCUUCGAUCCCUAUAGCUGGUGAUAAACCACAAUUGCCAAAAUUGAACGAAAAUCUUCCCAUUUUUCCUCGAUACCUGACGCUUCAACCUCAUAUAGAAACCUUUGUAACUCACUCGGCUUCGGAUUACCUGACUAACGCUUCCUUGAACAGCGGCAAAUUGAUGUCCAGCACUCCAAUACUGCCCUCCGCCAUGGAGAAUCCGUCCAAACAUUUCUUGAAAUUCUUGAUGAAAGUUUGUUGCUACCCAAAAGUCAGGCUCAUGGCUAUGCAAAGAAUCGAGAAUUGGCUUCAAAAUCCUAAGCUUGUCGGUACGGCUCAAGAUCUACUCGCGACUCUUUGCUGCAACAUGAACGGAGAAGCUCCCGAGGACCAAGAAUGCUUAGCCAUUUUGCUCAAAAUACGGUUUCAAAAAACCAACAAGCCAGGCCUUCUCCAACAUUACAUGACUUGUUUAGAAAACCUGCUUCUCGUCGACACUACUAAACGCGAAAUAAAUAGCGACAUAUUUUCUUCGGCCUUCAAACUCAUAGUCUUAAACGAACUAUCCAGCUCUCGUAAUCCUAAUAACACUGCACUCAUCGAGUUUUGUGUUCGGCUUUGUUCGUUCAGUUCUGCUCAGACGUUGGCACAAGUAUUUCUGGCUCUUCUUUGCAACCUAGAAGAUUACGUUCGGGCUCUCAAAGCCCUUUAUAAGGAAAUCACCAGGACCGUCAAAUAUAAAUUCGACUAUUCCACCUUCGCCAAAACGCUGCUCAACGUAAAUUUGACUGGGACCGAUGUUUACCAACCCUUGAUAGAAUUAGACUCAACGCUCAAAGACCGUUUUUUAAGCUCGUUGAUAGAACUCCUGACUUUCAAUUCCUACCUAACAUUCACUCCUUUCAUCAAAGAAUCAUACCUGCAAUGGAUUCAGUCCCGAUCCAAUGAUCCUAAUCCGCCGGAAAUUGUGGACGACCAAAAUUCGCAAGUAACAUCGCAAUUACGCGAUUUCAAAUCUGAAUUGCGCGAAAUGAGAACCCUCUCCGUUAGUUGGCUGUGCCACAAAGUUAUACCUUUCUACAGGAGUAUUAAAGGAUCUUCAACCCCUUCCGAUGACAUAGGUAUGGAUGAUAGUAGUAAUAACAAUUCUAUGGUCGGCAAUGAAGAAAAGUUUUUCGUCGAUUCACUCGUUAAACUCUACUACCUAUCGGAAUCCGAAACACUCCUCUUCCUCAAGGAGUUGAAUCUUCCCGCUUUUUCUUGCAACCCAAAUCCUAACUCGGUAUCGUCUCAGUCCUUCGAACAUAGCCUGGAAAAACAGCUGUGCCUGCAAUUCCUCACCCGGCAAAGCCCGGUUAACCUCGAAACUAUCCACCAUAUUUGCGAAUGCGCCAAAAAUUUCUGGGAUAUAUCCGUUAAGGAAGCAGUAUUGAACGCCAUUCACACUUUGUUCAAUCGAUCGUCCUUAUCGAUUCAAUAUCGGCUACAGCAGAACGUCAGCGGGGAAGGUAGCAGUGUCGUUCCCAAAUCUAAUUGGUCUAUCGAUGCCAGCUUUUUCAAAGACCAACAAAUAUUUACCUGGCCCACUGAUCCGCCAAACGAUCCCCCGCUUACGACCGAAAGAUUUCUGGGAUUGCAGGACGGUCUGCUCUCCUUGACAGUGUUACCCGUUCAGAAUUGUUUCAAGGAGUUCGGGAACAAGUUCAAGGACAUCGACGAAUACCAGUGCUCGAAUGUGGGGGUCUCCGUGGUCAAAUUGUAUUGGAAAGUUUGCCUCACCUUAGUCACCUUGGUAUCCAGCGAUCCCCAGACUUACGGACCUUUAGUAUGGAACCCCUUCUCCGCUGAGGAUAGCGGCAAAGACCUAGAGAAAUCGCUCGAAUAUUGCUUGACCAAAAAGGCGUCUUUUCCUUCGCCUAAAAAUUUUGCGAUUAAAUCGGCUUUGCGCGAGAGUCGAACCAAUUCGCUGAAAAGUUUGGGAAACGUUCUGAAAGAGUUUAAAUUGCUUUCUUCCAUACCGGAAACGAUUACCGCCUCUUCAUCUUCGGCCUCUAACAAGAAAAAGAUGGCUAACUUAGGAACCACCACCCCCGAUACUAAUACCUUGGGAUUGACAAGACAUUUACCGUAUCUGGAAGACGUUAUAGCUAGGCUGGAGAGAGCUACCUGCGGCUCUAAUAGUUCCGCCCUUAUGGAUGUCGCUUAUGAUCCCAAUAGCUGUGACAGAAGAACCAAAGAUAUGGAGGAUUCCAAUAUUUUCUCGGCCGAAAGUCUCGUAAUACUUCCGGCCCAAGCUUACUCCAAAGGAAACGAUAUCAUGGACGUUAGCGACGAGCCUCUUUCGAGGUUAGGCGUUGGGGACGCGUGGGAUUUGAUGGUGCGGAGAUGGCCCGGUCCCGAAGAAAAUAGCGCAAUGGGUGGCGCUUUGAAUAGCGAAAUCAGUAUGAUCGAUAUAGGCAAUAGCGAUAAGAGCUUUCUCAAAGCGCUCGAAAUUAUUAACGAGACUCACAAGGUGGGGUUCAAACUUUGCUCCUGCAGGCACCCCGACAUUUUGCUUGAUUUGAUCAAAUUGAAAAGCGCGGAGAACGGCACCCGUGGUACGAUGGCUUUCGACGCUCAUAAUGCCGACCUAACUUCCCGAUCAUCCCACGGUGAUCUCGAUUGGUUAUCUAAUCUCAUCGAAAAUAAUCAGCUGGAUAUAAUAAACGUCUUACCUAUGGACUGCUUGUGCCGUUACCUUAUGUCGGAAUUGGAGGAUUUUCAAACAUCGGAUUACCGUUAUUCCAAAUUUUCCGAUCGCCGUGAUGAUUUACCGAACUCGUUCGAGUUCCCUCGCGAACACGGGAACGGGUCAGAAAUUUUUCAACUGCUCAAACUGAGCGGGGAGAUAUUGAUAGCUAGGAUGGAUGCUAUCGCCCCAGCUGGCGAGCAAAGUAUUAAAAAUGCAAAGCGUUGGAAGUCCCACUCUAGCCUCAAACACGUGAGGAUCAAUCAGAUACUGGCCAAAUUUCACCAACUCGCCACGGACGCGACCGACGAUAAUCAAGAAUCCAUGGAAGCCGCUAAGAACGCUUCUACCACCCCGGAAACAAACACGACCCAUAGGGACGAAAAUGCCGCUAAAAAAUUGGUCAAAAAGACGGAAAUCAUGAAUUUUUUUGGCGAACAUUUGUGCCACCUAUCAUCUCACGUCAGAACUCAAAGCUAUAAAAUACUUUCGCUGUUCACUCUCUACGAUACUUUCACGGACCACAUAUGCUUGCGUUUCGGUUCUCUACCCAAUUUUCUUUCCUCCGUAUUUUCUAGUAACCCAAAUUCGACCGACCCCGUAACAUCCGAUUUCUUAUCGGCCGUUUACUCGGAAAUUUUUCUCGUGGCUCCCGUCAUUUGGGGCUCUCGCGGUGACGAUAUAGCUACGCGCGUGGCAUGCGCGGCUCUGAGCCGAGCCGAGACGGAUCCCGUUAGAGUGCUGACUUAUCUGAAAGGCCUGCUGGAAUACGUUACGAAGAGUCGUCGAAAAAGUGAGGACGCGAAGGAAUCAAAGGCGCACGAAGAAUGUGUCGAAGAAACGACGGAAGGGGAGGGAAAAGCAAAAGAAGGAAUCGGAUUGAAAGAAUUGGCAUUCGUUAUUUUGACUCUGUCAGAUUUUAUUAUAGAUCGUUUCGAAAUAUUGACGCGUUGUCUGUCCGUCGAAAAAUUCGGAGGAACGAGUGAUUCGCCUGAAAAUGGGGACGAGGUCGCCGCCAAUAACGAUGUCACGUCGCGAGUGACUGUCAAAUUGUUUGUCUCCUUCAUACAGCAAGCCCUCAAAUUUCAGAUAGAAACUAACAGUUUGGAUUCCCUUUACAGGGCUAUGCUGCUCUGCGAACAAAAUCAUCAUCCAGCGAUGACAGAAAUAUCAGAGCCGGAAAUGGAUGCUGCUAGUACAAAUAUUGCUAAACCGUUGUUGAAGGGAUGCAACGCAGCGGUUAGCGACAAAUUGGCCAGAUCGCAACUAGGGGAUACAGAAGAAGAUAUGGAACCUUUCAGAAUUUUGCAGAGACAUUUUUUACCCCCCGGUUACUGUUUGGUGCUCCCGGCUAAGGUCGUGACGGCUAAUCUGCUCUUGAUACUGGCUGUCAGGAAUAAGAAUUAUGGAAUCCCCAAUUUCGAAGAGCUCGAACACCUGACCCAAUUUUGGUUUCCCUCUUCGAUUCAUUCCAACGACAACAUUCCGCCUCCUCCAGAAUCGGCCAUUAUAUCCAUAUUUCCUCUCGGAUCGAUAGAAAACGUCAAUUUAGAUGGGGCUAUAUACCAGCCUAGGUCUAUUAUUGAUUUCGUACCCUUCAAGUUCAGGACUCGUAUGCUUUAUUGCCACCACGAGGAAGAUGAGUAUAUAGAAAAAAAUUCUGUUAUAGUGGAUAUGGCUUUGGCUGACCUUACCAGCUUUGUCAGACUCAACUACAAAAUGGCGGUUAAUAAGAACUCGGAUAACUCGGCGUUCUACACCCAACUCUUCGGUUACGUUCAACUGUUCGCCCUACCCAAAUACACUAUCAACAAACUAUUAGACAUGUUGGAUCAUUUGGCCCAAACCGAUUUGGAAAGCGUGAAAGCGGCUCUCCGCGUUUUAAAUCUAAUCGAUAAUCACAAUCCGACGACUCCUUCGCUUACCCCCUUUUUGCGUAUGGUCAAAAUGCGAAAUGUUUCCUCGCCCAAAGCCGAAGGGAAGGGGCACGUCUUUUUAAAGCUCGUUCUUGCUGACGAGAACGGCACCGAUACAGGAAUCCAGAAUAUGGAAGAAGCCAUGACUAUAGAUGACGCUGAAAAGGAGGUCGAUAUCGCCAUGACACCUAUACCUGCACCAAGUUUGUCGUCAAUAUACGCGAAGGCUGGGAUGAUGGAUGAAUUUAAAUGGAAUGCACCAUAUGUUUUAGGCGGGAAAAAAGCUAUAAUAUCGCCUACCACCACAAUCGUAGACGAAAUUACGGGUCCCGUACCACCGCGCCACUUAGAAAAGUCUUUUAAGAGCCUAUACGCUCGUCGACUGAUUAUGGGCGGUGCCGAUUCUAAAAACCAGGAAAUGAUUGACGGGCUUUACGAAAGUUUUUUAAGAGUUGCCAAAGGCUUCAGCCACCGAAUAUGCUCCGAUAUCUUUUCCAAAGAUUCUACAACACCCGUUACCAGUGAUUAUAUCAAUGAUGAUGAUGACGCGAUUAAUUCCUUCCUCAGAUUCUCGCUGGAUUGGAUCAUUCGGAUCAAUUCCACCAGGAAUAUAGAAACGAAGGCUUUCGAUCAAUUGGUCCACAUCUUUUUCGCCAAAUAUGAAGAUGGAGCGAACCCUAUAAUCCCCGAAAAUGGCGUCCACCUUAACACGUUCCAGGAGCGCUACCAGUAUUACCUACCUUUCCAGAGGUUCGGUCUUUCGCUCAUAUGCCACGAAGCUGGCUGGAACUGUGUGGGAAAGGUCAUAGAAAAGUUAUUGGACAUGUCCGGUAUUGGUUUUGGGCUCAAAGCUAUAUCCCCUCAAAAUAUGGGUUAUCACCCAACGUUGGUAUUAGACUUUUUGCAGAAUUGUUUGGAAUUGCCUAGGAUUUGGCAAGGAAGGGAUAUGAGAAAUAAAAAGAAAUACGAAGAGGAAUUGAUACUGGAUUUCGACGAAAACCAAUUCAAGGCCACGCUAGUCUACGUGAUUCGGGAGUAUAACAACGACAGUAUUCGCGAAAACGCUGCCGCCACGAAAUAUCGAAACGAAACCGCUUCCCCCAGAGUAGACAAACUGCUGAGGCACUGCCUGUUAACCAAACCGGCGUAUCUCAAAGUGUUUGUAAAGUUUGUCUGCCGAAAUUUGGCGAAACUCGAGCUUACGGUUAAAAGUGUCACCGGUUCUUCGAAUGAUCGCAGUUCAUUUUUAGCCAUCACCCAACGCAGUCUAUGUCGCCUCGCCUAUGAAACGUACCUGCGAUUCCCCAAAUCCUUGCACCUAUAUUCCGACUUCCGGAGCACCCCAUCCCUACCUUCUCAUAUCGCAGCGGAAGAAUUUCUUGAUAAAACGAAAGUUAAUUAUUUACGCUACGAUUUUGAGGACAUCGGGCCCAACUAUUUCAGGGAUAUCGUAACCCGCCACCCGUACACGCUAGCCCCGUCUACUUCCAACUCCAAAAUUUCCACUUCCCCCCUAGAGCACCGUUAUACAGCAAAUCCGCUCUCGACUAUAACCGAUGUAUCGCAUAUCAAUAGCGACUCCACACUUUUCACUGUUAUAACUCAGGGGCUAGAUAGGAAUAUCGCUCUCAUGGCGCGGUCCAGCGAUAAAAGCGAAUCCUUAACCAUCCAAUCUGAUAGGGCCAAGGAAUUCGUCUUGACAAUUUGCAAAUAUCACCCUCAUUUGAUUCUCAGACAUCUGCCGCUAAUGAAUACCCUCUUGCAGGGUCGCACUCAUCUUACGUACCCUGCCUUCAUAGCUAAAGGGCAUUUCACUUUCUUCAAAACUAUCAUACUCAUUGCCCAUAAUCUUCAACCUCACUUGUUUUACUACCAAACUUACAAUACCGAUGCUCUUAUGGAUACCUUUUUUGACUUCGUUAAAACUUAUUCCGCGCAAACGUAUAAAAUGGGCUUUCACGUGAAAAGGAUCAUGAAUUUGACCAAGAAUUAUAUCUUGUGCAAUCCGAGCAGCGGCAAAUAUUUCUCCAACACCAAAUCGGAUAUUAUAAAAAAUCUCGGUCCGCAUUACCACGAAAUCAUUCAAUCCCCAUUUUGGAAAGCUAGGACAGCUUCGAACAACUCCCUUCUCCUAACGCGAGAAACGACAAAGAAAUCUGGAGGAGGCGGUACCGACGAAGAUCCCCAACACGCGAUUCCCCUAAAGCUCGCGGAAGAUUUUUACCGCGAACCUCCCGGCUUGAGUUUCCAGACAUCUUCGGACCCCAAGCGUAAUAGGGCUAUGAUGGAAAGAUUAGUCAGGGUUAUAUCGUGUGUUCCGGAUUUAGCCUCCGGCGGUGGUGACAGGAACAACGACGUCGAAUCGCAGGCCUUUAAUUCCCUCAUGAGCGUCAAUAAGAGCUCUGAAAACAUGUUAUCCUUUUUGAAAGAAUUCCUUUCCUACGCCAAAUCACAUCCAGAUAUCGUCGAACCAUUUUUGAAACAGGCCACGAAAUUGCUCAAUUCUCAAUUCAUCCUAAAGUCAACCGACCAAAAAUACCUGGACAUUAUUCUCGACAUUAUAACUCAUUGCUGGAGACAUCUUUCGGAGAAGUCCAUGAAUGGUCUGUAUAGGAUUUAUUGGGAUUUGAUCUCCAGUUCGGACCCGGAUAUUAUUAAAACCGCUUUCCAAUAUUUACCUCAGUUCUGCAACAUGUAUCCCGAACAUUUCAAGGAUUUAUUGAUCGCCGCGUUUAUUAGCGAAGUCACGAAAUCACUGUCAAUCACCGAUACAAUUCUUAAAGCCAUCAAAGUUCAACGAACAUGAAACUUAAUUGAAAAUUACCUGUUAUAUUAUAGAUUAUAAAAAUGUUUAAUAUAAUAUUAUAUAAUAUAUUUAUUUAUUUUG